GAUGAUUUUCUGGGCUUUGUUCAUUAACAUUGCAGUAAUGCUGACUCUUUUGCUCUAAUUUAGGCCUCAUCACAGUUUGCGGGGUGUGAAGCUAUGUGUGGAAAAACAACCACUUCUUGGAAAAGUCUGGUAGCACAUGGUUUUGUAACAGUCUUGUCCAUCCUCGGGGCUGACUGAGCAGUCCUGAGCCUUGUGACAGACCUGGGAGCAGACCUGCGGACUACAAGAAGAGUCGUCACUAAAACCAACCAACCGCUUCAUCAGAUCUGAGCCUGCUCUUGUGGGGAAACCUCAAGAUGCUGGUCCACCACCUGGGCAACUAGGGGUUAAUAGAUAUAUAUGUUUAUACUCACAAUGUGGCCAGCCAGCCAUUGCAAUAGAGAAGUACAGCGCUCAUUGGCUCUCUGUUGUGGUUUUUUUUCUCUCUGAGAUCCAUCUAGUCACUUCCUGCUAAAACUCUUCAUCAUGCUGUCAUUUUUCACUUAAUUGGAUGGCCAGUUUGCAGUCCACGGCUAGCCUGGAGGCAGGCUGAACCUCUGUCCAUGGAUUCAUCAGCAUAUACAGGGAGUGCUAACAGGCAGAUCAUUCCCUUCACAGGAUAGCACCAGGCUUACCCACUGGGAAGUUGUUUUUUUUAAACCCUCAUACAACAAUUGCACAUUUGACUCACUUGGCACAGUGAAAUUAGCCGAAUUCUGCAACCUCAGUUGCGACCCCUCCUCAGAGCAGCAGCAAGUCUUGGGUGGAGCUGCAGCCUGCGUGUCAUCCACGAAUUUGAACAAGGUGCUUUUCACCCUCCCGUCCGAGUUGCUGAUGAAGAUGUUGAACUGUGCAGGCUCAAAGAGAAGAAGAAAGAAGUCUGUGUUUGGCAGUUGCUUCCUUUCCUGCUUCCAAGGAGCCUGAGCACACAUAAUGGCCCUCUCCAGAGAGGCCCUGUUGCUAGUCCUCUUAUCUCCUUGGGCCAUAUGGUAACUAGCCUCUGCUGCCUAUGCUGAGACAAGAGCAAGGGUGUCAAUGCUGUCACUGUCCGUGCUCCCACCUUCCCUCAGUGGUGACCCUGGUGGGUUCCAUACAGUACAUUUCAUCUGGGAAGUCCUUAUUGGUAAGAGCAGCUCUGUUCUCUGACAGGCAGCAGCAUCCAUGAUCUAAAACACCCUCCCUACCAAACAUGAAUAACUCAACGCUUGGGCAACCAGGCCCAUCACAGGAGGACAGGCUGAUUUGUUUGUUAGAAACAGAUGACAGUGUCCAGGAGGACAAACCUGCAGUGGAUAAGCAGGGAGAAAGAAGAGAGGCAGGUGGAAAGAAAGAAGAACUACCACCACUGGAGACUCCCUUUGAGAAGGAAAGCAAGGAUUUUGCUCCUAAAAUCAAGGUCAAUUUGAAUUAUCGACGACAACCUGCCAGCAAUAGCCAAAAGGACACAAACCGCUUUGACAGAGACCGGCUUUUUGGUGCAGUCUCAAAGGGCAACGCAGAGGAGCUGGAUGGCUUGCUCAGUUACUUGGAGUUAACCUCCAAAUUCCUCACUAAUUCAGAAUAUACAGAUGCAAAGACAGGGAAGACCUGCUUGAUGAAAGCCCUGCUGAAUUUAAAAGAUGGGAAGAAUGCCACAAUCCCAGUUUUACUGAAAAUAGAUGAGGACAGAGGACAUAGACCGCCUCAAAAGAUGCUUGUUAAUGCUGCAUGUACAGAUAAUUAUUAUAAAGGGCAGACAGCACUCCACAUUGCCAUAGAGAAGAGGCAACUGGAACUAGUGAAGCUCCUGGUAGAGAAGGGAGCUGAUGUCCAUGCCAGGGCCCAUGGCAUGUUCUUCAAGAAGAAAAAGGGAAUUUGCUUUUAUUUUGGUGAACUUCCCUUGUCCUUGGCUGCUUGCACCAACCAGCUCAACGUGGUCCAGUAUCUCCUGGAGAACCCCCACAACAGAGCCAGUCUCCAGGAAAAGGAUUCUCUGGGCAACACAGUUCUCCAUGCCUUGGUGAUGAUAGCAGAUGACACCCAGGAGAACACAGAGUUUGUGAGCAAGAUGUAUGAUGAGAUCUUAAGGGCAGGUGUGAAGAUUGUCCCAACACAGAAGCUGGAAGAGGCAGUGAAUUGUGAUGGGUUAACACCACUGCAGCUGGCUGCCAAGGGUGGCAAAGUAGAGAUCUUCAAACACAUUCUUCAAAGAGAAAUUGAGGAGCCAGAGUACCAGCACCUGUCACGCAAGUUCACUGAAUGGACCUACGGCCCCAUCCAGGUGUCUCUUUAUGACCUGUCCUCAGUUGAUAACUGUAAGAAUUCUGUGCUGGAGAUCCUGGCCUACAGCAGUGACACACCGAAUCGAUACAAAAUGGUGGUUUUGGAACCACUGAACAAACUGAUUCAGCACAAAUGGGACACUUUUGCUGCCAGGAGAUUUUACUUGAGUUUUUUUUCUUAUUUGAUGUUCAUGAUCAUCUUCUCAGUCUUUGCCUACCAUUGUCCUCUGCACGAGCAGCCUCUGUUCCCAAUGGAGUUCAAUGCUGAAGGCUUCCUGUGGCUCACUGGACUGAUCAUUAACUUUCUGGGAGGCAUUUACUUCUUAAUUGCUCAGAGUCGGUACUUGUGGAGGAGGCAAUUCUCUCUGAGGAACAUCUUCUCUGAUGAUUGCAUUGAGAUCUUGCUCUUACUUCAGGGACUCUUGCUGCUGCUUUCAUUAGUUCUAUACUUGAUGAGUUUGGAAUACUACACCCCGUUGAUGGUCUCCUCUUUGCUGCUGGGAUGGGUGAACAUGCUGUACUACACUCGGGGCUUCCAGUGCACUGGGAUGUACAGUGUCAUGAUACAGAAGACCAUCCUGAGGGACCUGCUGCGCUUCCUCCUGGUGUACGGGCUCUUCCUGUUUGGCUUUUCAGCAGCUCUAGUCACCCUCACUGGGGAGCCCCCAUCAGCUGCCCAGAACAAAUCUGUUACCCAGGCGGAGGAGGAUAAAGGCCGCUUUGGGUACGGCAGGAUGUUUACCACCUCCCUGGAGCUCUUCAAGUUCACCAUUGGCAUGGGGGACCUGGAGUUCCAGGAGCAAGUGAAAUUCAAAUACUUUGUCAUGCUGCUGCUGCUGUUGUAUAUAAUCCUGACCUACAUCCUCUUGCUCAACAUGUUGAUUGCGCUCAUGAACGAAACUGUCACCAACGUCUCUGGUUAUAGCAGAAGCAUCUGGAAGCUGCAGAGAACUACUGCCAUUCUGGAAAUAGAAAAGCACUUUUUGUGGUCCUGGGGAAGGAAGGAGAGAUCUGGCUGCUUUGUGUCUGUGGGCCUUAAUAAAGAAGAUGAGAGAUGCUGUUUCAGAGUGGAGGAGCUUAAAUGGACUAAUUGGAACAAGGAGCUGGGAGUCCUCAAGGAAGAUCCUGGGAACACCAGAAGCUUGGAAAGAAGCCCUGUAGAAGACAGACUGUGGAGCUGGAUGCUACGGGCACGAUCCAGAACACCUGCUCGGGAGGACCAGUUUCUAUUACAACCUAUCGAUCCAUGACUGAGACGAUGCUUCUAGAAGGACCAGUCAGGAGGCUGUAACAGGGUUUAGGGUUACAGCAUGCCCCAUAUCUGCAACAGAAUUAUUUCUUGCUAUAGGGCUCCUAAUAGCCAGAUGGAGGAACCUGAAGAACGAUCAGUAUUAACAUGCAUCUCCUCAAAAACUGUGGUUCAGCUUGUGGCUUUGAAAUAUUUUUAUGCAAAUGAAGUAUUUCCUCUAAAAAAGACAUUUCUGCCUGGCAUUUUUGUGGCACAGUGCUUUAAAAAGUCCAGGGGGGUGUGUGUGUGUGUGGGACAGUGAGAUUUGGGUUGUACAUCUUAGAGCCCAGGCAACUUUGUGGUUUGAAAUGUCUCUUGAGAGGUACAGAUUAAAAUAACAGUUGGGCCAAAUCAUCCCAUGAUGCUUUUGAGGCAGAUAAUUCUAUGUGUGUGCUGUUUGCCAUCUGUAGAUCUUACAGACAAGACCUUUCUAACCACAGGCUGGCUUUUGAUGCCACAGAACCUUUCGUGAGAGGAGGUGUUUGCCCAUGUUUUGUGGCCAAAAAUGAUUUCCCUCCCAGUGUUACACAGCGUGCAGCAUGUACUUGGCUUCCACCCUUUGCCCCAGAGGUGGUUGCAUUGCAGCUGGUCUAUGUCUGAACUGCUUUGGGAUGAAAGGCUUGAUGGAGGAAUAAAAUAUGGUUUG